AUGAGCAAAGAUUGUGUCAAUAAAAAAGUCAUAGUCAUAAGAAAUGAAAUUAUUGAUUCAGAAGAUGAAUGUGAUGAACAAGGUGGCAACCUUGAGGAAGAAUCCGAAGCCUUUGAUGAUGAGUACAUUGAAGAAGGUAGCUUCAUAUCUUUAGUUGCAAGAAGAGUACUUAAUGUGCAGAUUAAGGAGCAGAAAGUUGAAGAUCAAAGGGAGAACUUAUUUCACAUAAGGUGCUUGAUUGAUGGAACCCUAUGUAGCUUGGUGAUUGAUAAUGGAAGUUGCACAAAUGCAGUAAGUAGUUUUCUUGUAAAAAGACUCCAGCUCACUACUCGUCCACAUCCAAAACCAUAUAAACUUCAAUGGUUAACAAACAAAGGAGAAUUGAAGGUAAACUCCCAAGUUCUUAUUUCUUUUACUUUGGGAAGAUAUAAGGAGAAGGUUCUUUGCGAUGUACUACCUAUGCAUGUGGGUGAUAUGUUAUUGGGUCAACCUUGGAAAUAUGAUAGAGAAGUCACAUAUGAUGGUUUGUUGAACAAGUACACAUUUACUUUGAAUGAGAAAAAGUUUACUUUGCUUCCAUUAUCUCCAUAUGAAGUACAAUGCGAUCAAGUGAAAUUAGAAAAGAAAAGAAAAGAAUUUGAGGAUCCAAAGCGGAGAGAAGAAAGUAAGUUAAAGGAGAAGAGCGAAAAAAGGAAGAAAAGUGAGGGGCAAAAGGUGAAUGAAACAUGGAGGAUGUGUGUUGAUUGUCGAGCCAUCAACAAAAUAACGGUAAAGUAUCGACAUCCUAUUCCUAGAUUGGAUGACAUGCUAGAUGAAUUACAUGGUGCAAACUUGUUUUCAAAAAUUGAUCUUAAAAGUAGUUAUCAUCAAAUUCGAAUGCAUGUGGGAGAUGAGUGGAAAACGGCUUUCAAAACAAAAUUUGGUCUUUAUAAGUGGCUUGUUAUGCAAUUUGAUCUUACCAAUGCACCAAGUACUUUUAUGAGGCUAAUGAAUCAUGUUUUGAGAGAAUAUAUUGGAAAAUUUGUUGUCGUAUACUUUGAUGAUAUUCUUGUUUACUCUAAAAAUUUGAAUGAACAUAUGUUGCAUGUCAAGACAAUUUUGCUUAAACUUAGAGAAGAAAAGCUUUAUGCCAAUUUCAAAAAGUGUAGUCUUUGUCUAGACCAAGUCAAUUUCUUAGGAUUCAUUGUUAGAAAGGAUGGGGCGAAAGUUGAUGAAGAAAAGGUCAAGGCUAUUCGAGAGUGGCCAACACCCACCAAUGCAACUGAGAAGAAUGUGAAAUUUGAAUGGAAAGAAAAUCAAGAAAAUGCAUUCAAUGAAUUGAAAGAUAAAUUGAUUAAUGACCUUGUUGCUUUACCUAACUUUGGCCAAUCUUUUGAAAUUGAAUGUGAUGCAAGUGGGAUAGGGAUUGGAGCUGUUUUGAUGCAAGAAAAGAGGUCAAUCAUGUUCUUUAGUGAGAAGCUAAAUGAAGCACAACUUAGUUACCCCACAUAUGAUAAGGAAUUACAUGCACUUGUAAGGGCUUUACAAGUUUGGCAACAUUACUUGUGGCCAAAAGAGUUUGUCAUCCACGCGGAUCAUGAAAGCUUGAAGCACCUCAAAACCCAAACAAAGUUGAACAAGAGGCAUGCUAAAUGGGUAGAGUUCAUUGAGACAUUUCCAUAUGCCAUUCAUUACAAGAAAGGUAAGAAUAAUGUGGUGGUUGAUACAUUAUCAAGAAGGAAAGGAAAACUUUGUAUUCCUAAGUGUUCCAUUCGAGAGUUGCUUCUGAAGAAAGCUCAUGGGAGAGGAUUAAUGGGGCAUAUUGGGGAAUUUAAAACAUAUAACAUGUUGGCACCUAAACCUAGAACAAGAAAGACAGUUAGAGAAGAAAUAGAAGCAGAGAGAGCUGAGAGUAGCCAGACUGUUCGAGCAGCUUCAAAUCUGCCUGUGACCCAAGUUGAUGAAAAGGCGAUGGAUGCUAGAAUUAGUGAAGCUGUUGCAUCCUCUCUAAUGGGAAAGCUGCAGGAACUGAUUCGUAGCACGAUGGCAGAACAGAUUGUCGAGACCCAGGCUCAGGAGAAACUGGUGCCACCCGAGCAUGUACAACAGACCCAACCGCAGGAUAGAGAUAUGCAGGGCCUGUCUCUUGAGGCUAAACAUCUGAGGGAUUUCUGA